UAGAAAUUCCAAAACAUUUACAACAUUUUUGACAGAUCACAGAAUUUCAGCUCAAUUUUUGUCAUAUUUGUUUCAGUUGUCAAUUAUCGAAGAUAUCCAGAUUGAAACCAGUUUAAGAGUAUUCUUUGGAGACGGAUGGCUGGUUUGAAUCGCAUGAACAUGAUGGAACAAGUUCACCUAGCAGGGGAGGAUGAGGAUGAUAUGUACUCAGGAUUCAAUGAUUAUAAUGCUACACUUGAUACUGAGGACAUUGAAAAUGACAGCGCAUUCCAGCAAGCAGUAAGGACAAGUCAUGGUAGAAGGAAGCCACCAGCACCAGUGCUUGGUGGUAAGCCUCCUCCUACUGGAAUGAUGGGUGGUCGAAUCGGAACCCAAGCCAGGGGUCGUACGGGUAUGGUCUCUCAAAUGGGAGCUCGACUUGGGACUGGAGCUCAAGGAGCAGGAGGAGCAACUGAAAAUAGGCCCAUGACUGCUGUGCGUGCUGCUGGCUAUACAUCAGCAGGAAUGCGAGGUGCCAACUUUGAUCCUCUGAACCAGGCGAAUAAAGGUCCUGCUCCACCACUUGAGAAAAAGCCUGACGACAGCCCUGAAGAGAAGAUUAAACAGCUUGAAAAGAAAGUGAAUGAAUUGAUCGAGGAGAGCUGUCUGGCAAACAGUAGGGCCGAGUUCCCAGCUGCCCUUGAGAAGGCUAAAGAAGCUGGCAGGAAGGAGAGAGUGCUAGUCCGUCAGAGGGAACAGCUGGGAACAAGUGAACAGAUCAAUUUGGACCUCACAUAUUCGGUGUUAUUUAACUUGGCCAACCAGUACUGUGCCAAUGAGAUGUUCACUGAGGCUCUCAACACCUACCAAGUGAUUGUCAAGAACAAGAUGUUCAGCAAUGCCGGUCGCCUCAAGGUCAACAUGGGCAACAUCUACUUCAGGCAGAAGAACUUCUCAAAGGCUGUCAAGUACUACAGGAUGGCCCUUGAUCAGGUGCCCAAUACACACAAGCAGAUGAGGAUUCGCAUAAUGCAGAACAUCGGUAUAGUUUUCGUGAAGAUGGGCCAAUAUAAUGAUGCCAUUACCUCUUUUGAGCACAUCAUGCAAGAAGAACCGGAUUUCAAGACCGGGUUCAACCUGAUUCUGUGCUAUUUUGCACUCGGUGACCGUGACAAGAUGAAGAAAGCAUUCAUCAAGCUGCUGUCCGUUGAUCUGAAGAUUGAAGAUGAAGAUAAAUAUUUACCACACAAUGAUGAUAAGCAAUACAACCUUGUGAUUGAGGUCAUCAAGAAUGAUUCACUGAGACAGAUCGAGAGGAAACGGAAAUCUCAAGCGGAGAGGAACAUCAAAACUGCUGCCAAGAUCAUAGCUCCUGCCAUUGAAAGUUCUUUUGCUGCUGGAUAUGACUGGUGUGUGGAACAGGUCCGCAUGUCUCCCUAUGUCGACUUGGCUCAUGACUUGGAGAUUGAUAAGGCCAUCAUGUACUUGAAACAGAAGGAUUUCAACCAGGCAAUCGAUACCCUCAAGUCAUUUGAGAAGAAGGAUACCAAAGUGGCUAGCGCAGCAGCGACCAAUCUCUCAUUCCUCUACCUAUUGAGUGCCAAUGGCGAGGAGAGUGACCUUGCCCAAGCUGACAAGUAUGCAGAGUUGGCUAUGCAGGCUGAUAGGUACAAUCCUGCCGCUCUUGUGAAUAAAGGCAAUGUCCUUUUUGCCAAUAAAGAAUAUGAAAAGGCAAGACAGUUCUACAAGGAAGCCCUACAGAAUGACUCGUCCUGCAUAGAGGCCUUGUAUAAUUUAGGUCUCUGCAACAAGAAGCUAGCCCGUCUCGAAGAUGCUCUGGACAGCUUUUACAAGCUACAUGCCAUCUUGCGAAACAGCGCCCAGGUUAUGUACCAGAUAGCUGACAUCUACGACCAGCUGGAGGACACGCCCCAGGCAACGGAAUGGUUGAUGCAGCUCCUCGGUAUCGUGCCGACGGACGCCUCCAUCCUGCAAAAGCUCGGAGAGGUGUAUGACAAUGAGGGGGACAAGUCGCAAGCUUUCCAGUAUCAUUAUGAUUCCCACCGUUACUUCCCGUCCAAUAUUGAAAAUAUCGAGUGGCUCGGUGCUUACUACAUCGACUCACAGUUCUGUGAGAAAGCCAUCAGUUAUUUCGAGAGAGCUUCUAUCAUCCAGCCCAAUCAAGUCAAAUGGCAACUGAUGGUAGCAAGCUGUCAUCGACGCAGUGGCAACUAUCAACAGUCUUUAGAAACGUACAAGUCCAUUCAUCGGAAGUUCCCUGACAACGUGGAGUGUCUGAAGUUCCUUGUGCGUCUGUGUACUGACCUUGGUUUGAAAGAAGCCCAGGAUUAUGCAACCAAACUGAAGAAGGCAGAAAAGACCAAGGAACUCCGAGAUCAGAGAGUUGCCAGUGGCUCCCGUCGUGGUAGCGUCAUCCGACGGGAGAAUCGCGAAGGCAGCGCCGGAAGUGGCUUGCGUAGACAAUCCGGGGAUCGGCGUGGAGCCGGAGAUUCGAGUCGUGAAGGUAGUGCUCGUGGUCGAAGCGGUCGCGGCAACAGGACCAACAGCGGAGCUGGAAGUGGGGUGCGUCGGAGACCGAAUCUUGAGGAUGACGAAGACUUGUUGCAGAGACAGGACCAGGAUGUUGAUGCUACAUACGCAGACCCUCUUGGCCCGGCACUCGAGCGCCCCAAAACUGCUGCAAGGUUGGGCCCAAAGGAUGACGAGUUUGGAGAUGAGGAACUUGGAGACGACCUCUUGCCCGAGUAGAGACAUUGAUUGUGGAUUGUGAUGCUGAAAUUCCUAAGGGAAAGAAAGACGGUCUUGUGUGUCUCUAUAUCGGGACGUUUCAGAUUAAGGAUAGGAUUGACUUAAAUUUCAAAUUCAAUGGAAAUGUGGCAUUUGGAGGAACAUUUUGUGUGAGGUUCUGCUUGACAACCGGCUAGUCCGUCCAUGUGAUACUUUUUCAUAUAAAACGUAAUAUAUUGACAAUUUGAAUUGACAAUUGAAUGAAUUUGCAUCAGUGUUUCUCAGGACCAAUGAAAAGAUCAAGUGCAGUAUCCUUGGAUUGUGAACAGCUGUUUCAUCCUUGGACAUUUUCUUCAUAUCUCUGUAUAAGCCAACACUCAAGAGCUUCUAAAAUCCAAUGUUAAGCUGCUUAUAGCAUCCACAAACACCUGUGGUUCAAUUGACCACCUGGUUUCGUUUUGAAUAUAAAUGAGUACAUAGCAAGAAGACAAGGCAUUUGUUACAAAAUCCUUGACAAUGUUUGAUAGCAUGUUCAAUAUCCGUCCUACACUAUCUAUACUUAUGCUGCAUAAACACUGAUAAAUAAUGUUUUAGA